AUUUUCUUUUAAUCUUGCAGUGACUAAAGGUAAAGACGUAGAAAUAUCUAUGGUGAAACACCUCAGAAUGGGUUUGGAAGAUCAAUAUGAUAUAGUUGAGAAGUGGCUUUUGAAAGAUCUGGAGAUGAUUGAUGGAAAAGAAGCAGAUACUGAUAACCCCUAUUUUGAUAUGCAUUUCAAGAAAGUCUACAAAUUGGAAGCAUAUAGCUGUGCAUCCAAAUAUGCAUUUGCACGAACAUUGAAUAAACUGAAUGAGAUGUACCUUAAACAGGACUUGAAGAUUGUGAACUUUGAUAUAGCCUACAUAAAUGAUAAUUGUUUCUGGUCAUCCAACAAUGGCGACUGUUUGGUACUUAUGAGGAUAUGUUUCUAUGCUUCCAACUUACUGUGCCUGUCUCUGUGUCCUAUGCCAUAAAGAUAGGUUUUAUAACCUUGAGGUGAUUAAUUGAUUCUCAAUAACCAGGUUCUCACAAAUCAUCUGCUGUAGAAGAUUGUAAGUGAUAUGCAGUAUCUACUUUUUACUUUUAGAUGGUUACAAAAUAAUUUUUAUAUAAAUGAUUUAAUUGGUUAUUUCAAAAACAUGCCUGUUCUGUAAAUACUUACUAGCAUUCUUCCUUUUCAGCAUAUAACUACUAACAACUAAGUUAGGCAAAACUUCAUGAGCACAAAUGCUUAUAGGGGUACAAAUUAUUGUUCAUAAUGGCCCCAAAUAUUUCUAAACUAGUAUUACUAGUCAAUUUGUGCCUCAAAAGAAAGAAAAAGAGCAAAAAUUGUGUGUAUGAACCAUGCUAAAUUCAAUUCCAAGUGUGGUAAAAUGCAGGAUUCUUCUAGAAUAGUGGUGCUCUACCUUUUUACCUAGGGGCCAGUUGGGCAGUGCUUGGUCAGUCCAAUCUAAUGCCUGGGGCAGGUGCAGCAGGCACCAUCCAGCCAUGUGGUGGAAGGUGGGGGCAGCCCAGCUCCACUGGAGGCUUUGGGAACAGGGUUUCUUAAGACUCACUCCUUCUCUGGUUCUGGAGCAACAGCUAACACAAUGCUGUAGGUAUUGGCUAUUGUUUACAAUGUCUUUGUAAAAGUGAUGAGUUUUUAGAAAUAUAUGUUCAG